AUGGUCAGUUUUUCGCAACUGAAAGCCGACAAUUACUUCAAAGAGAAAAAACCAGAACGGCCGCAAGAUAUAAGAGAAGAAGAAGAAGAAAAAGCGUACGUCUUUUUCAUCUGCUCACAGGAGAAACUUAAGAAAAUGGAGGUUACGAGGAGAGAACGAAGAAGACGAGACCACCCACCUGGAGAACAAGAAGAAGGAGCAGUUGAGUUGCCCGAUCUUCCUCCUGAAAUCAUCGCCGAUAUACUCUCCAGAUUACCCAUAAACCCUAAUUACUGGGUUGAGCUACUGAGGAGGUAUGUUAAGGAUGACAGCUGUGAAAAUGCGAGAAAUUGGGUUGAGAUUUUGGGUUCUUGUAAUGGAUUGGUUUGUAUUUCUCCGGAUGAAGGUACUCUUUUCUUGUUUAAUCCUUGUACAAGAGAAUCUAAAAGAAUCCCACACCCACCGUCCUGUCAAGGCCCUGGAGUAACUUCUUUCGGUGGUCUAGAUAGUCUUAGUGUUUAUGGGUUUGGUUUUGAUUCUAUGAAUGAUGAUUAUAAAGUAAUACAACUUGCAUGUCCUGCUGUUGCUUCUGUUUAUUCACUAAAGACUGAUUCUUGGAGGAGGACUAUGGAUUUUCCUCACGAGUAUAAUUUCUCUGAAUCAGGAACUUUUCUCAAUGGUGCAAUCCAUUGGGUGGUUAAACGAGAAAAUGGGGAAAAGUGCCAGUGUUUAAUUGCUACUUUUGAUUUGGGGAAGGAGGUGUUUUGGGAUAUGCCAGGACCAGAUCUUUUGGAUUCUUGCAAACACUUGUUUAUGGACUUUGUUGUGGGGGUUCUUGAUGAAUCUUUGUGCGUCCUCCAUAGUUGCAGUCAGAUGCAUGAUGACUUUUGGUUGAUGCGAGAGUACGGCGUUGGUGAAUCUUGGGCUAGGUUGAGAAUCACCAUAUCGUAUCUUUGCAUAAAGCCUCUGUGUUUUUCAAAGAAUGGAGAAGCGGUGAUGGAUAUAGAUGGAAGACUUGUUUUGUAUAAUUUUGGAGAUCACACAUGCAAGGAUUUAGUAGUCCAUGGACUUCCAGAAGGGGAUGAAAUCGAAGCAGAUACUUAUAUUGAGAGCCUCGUUUCGCCUAACGGUUAUGGUAGGAAUGAGGCUCUGGUGCAACACCAAGCCUAAUGAAAUAAGGAAUGAGGAUGGUUAGGAGCAUAUAAACCUUAUUGUGCGUGUUUGAUCUUUCUUUAAGAGACUAGGAAUGCAUAUCGAAUUCUUGCUUUGACUUAACAAAGGAGAUAAUUUGUCUAUGGUGGCUAUAGAUGUUCUUGAAACUAUCUUCCGUGUUUGUGCUAAUUUUUAGUGGAGAUCUUUUGUUUAUGAUGAUUAUGAGAUGAUGCCUAAAUGUGGGUGGUGAAUCUUAGACCAAUAUAGAAACCCAUCUUCCUUUUGACAUGUUUCCAGAGCUGAGCUGCUAUAUUUGGUGAUGAACAGGAAAAGGCUCUCUGGUUCUUAGCAUAUGAAAUUCCUUUCGGCUUUGGAUUCCAGGUUUGGAAUUCCGUCAUGGGUCUUGAGCGUAGAAUGAAUGAAAAUCCAGUGUUGAUGUGAGAAUCACAAGACAUACAGCUUCAUGUUUGCCUAACAGUAAGUGAGGAGGUGGAACUCAAAUUCUGCAUCAGAGGAUUGAAGAUGAAAUGAAGAAAAAGAAGGUCCAAGAUUUUGUUUCUUGAAGUCUACCAAGGUCUCCAUUACAGGUUUCGGUAACUAAAGAAUUUGGCCGAGGAGAGUGUUUAACUCAUUCAGCCAUUGGUGAAUUUCGGUUAGAUGGUAGAGUUAGUUCUGCACAACACAAAAGAAAUCCAGAUCUAAGUCGAAGCUGGUAAUACAUUGGACUCAAAUUACAGCAAAUGUGUCGGAUUGAUUGCCUUCAAUGUUCUUCAUCAAGUUUCCAAGAAUGUACAAGUUGUCAGCCUGUCACCAAUUAGGUCUUUUCGUUUCUUAAUCCAUCCUUAGUCCUGCUGUGUGCCUGUUUGUGCAAGUUGUAAAACUGUAACUUUCUCUCUGGGUUCACUCUCUUCUUGCAUGUAUAUGGUUUUCUCUUUCAAUUUCAGCAGUUAAACAACUCAUACCAUCAAGCUUCUUGGAA